AUGUCUUAUCUCAAAAGGCAUAUCAACUUAUUACCACAAAUUUCGAUCCUUGACGUUGCAACAAAUAAGACAUUUCUUCAAUUAUAUAAUGACCCUCGUUUACCAUUUAAUUUAUCUGGUGGCACAGACGUUAUUUUGUUUGAGACUGCGGCUGAAACUCUUCCCCAAACUGGAAUUCGAAGUGUAAUUGAAUUGAAAAAGCAAGUGCAACCAGUCGAUGUGUAUCAAGUAGUAAUGCAGAUGAUAAUCGCAGAUAUAAUCACUCCAAAUCAUAUUUCUGCUAUUGGCAUACUAACUGACCUAAAAGACAAUUGGAACGUAUUUUGGCUUAAUGAGAAAGAAGUGAUUGGUACUAAGUUUACACAACGAAAAUCAGCAAUUAAAUUUAUUGAAUCAAUGAUUUUGGAAGAAGAGUGGGCUACAAAAAAAAGGUAUUUACCUUUCUCGGAUAACACGACAAUAAAAAGGAUGAAAUUUGAUAAUAUGAUCGAAAAAAAAAGAUGA